UUUUAAAAAAAAAAUAGAAAAAAAAUCCAAAAAAUUCAAAUCUUUGCGCCUCUCUAGAAACUGAAAUUUCAACCUACCGAAAGAGAAAAAACCCUAUCUCCCCGCGUCAAUGUCACGCUUUUGAAAAACAAAAACACACUGUGUCCCUCCCUCCCUCCCUCCCCUCCCUCUAAGACUCGAAUCCGGACCCUUCGAGUUCGAUCCAAAAUAACCAAGCUCUCUCGCCAUUACUUGGUUUUUUCUCUCUAGAAAAUCAAUCAAUCAAUAAUGAGGAAAGGAGCCAAGAGAAAGAGAAUCCAGAAAGAUAAUAAUGAAGACGAAGCUGCUGCCGUUCCCGCUCAAGACAACCACAGAACCACCGAAACGACGAAACCAGCUACUAGAGCUAAGUCAGUCAAGGCAUCCAAACCCGAACCCGAAUACUUCGAAGACAAGCGCAACUUGGAAGACUUAUGGAAGGAAAUAUUCCCUGUCGGUACAGAGUGGGAUCAACUGGACAAGGUUUACGGAUUCAACUGGAAUUUCUCUAAUCUAGAGAAUGCAUUUGAAGAAGGAGGUGUUCUACAUGGGAGGAAAGUUUACCUUUUUGGGUGUACAGAGCCUCAACUGGUCCCUUUCAAGAAUGAAAGCCUAUUAAUCUACAUACCUGCAGUCGUGGCAGUUGCAUCUCCUUUCCCUCCAUCUGAUAAGAUUGGAAUUAAGUCGGUUCAGAGGGAGGUUGAAGAAAUAAUUCCCAUGAAACAAAUGAAAAUGGAUUGGGUUCCUUAUAUACCUCUGGAAAAUAGAGAAAGUCAAGUUGACAGACUGAGACAUCAAAUUUUUAUUCUGAGCUGCACUCAGAGAAGGUACCUUGCUUCCCUCUCAAUCUUCCUGUACACGCACAAUAAAUCAUUUCUAGUGUUUUAUAUGAUGGCCGCUUUGAAACAUUUGAAGAUAGAUCGGAUCAAGAAAUAUGAGUACUGCUUACCUUAUUUCUACAACCCCUUCAAGGAAGAUGAGCUUGAGCAGAGCACUGAGGUUCAGAUAAUUUUCCCAUCAGAACUAAAGCCGAUUUUCUGUGAAUUUGAUUGGGAACUUGAUGAACUUGAGGAGUUCACUGAUAAACUGAUCCAGGAGGAUGAAUUAUCUGAAGAUCAAAAGGAUGCCUUUAAGGAAUUUGUUAAAGAGAAAGUUCGAGAAGCAAAGAAAGCUAACAGAGAGGCAAGGGAAGCCAGGAGGAAGGCCCUGGAUGAAAUGAGUGAGGAAAGUAGACGAGCAUUUGAGAAGUUGAGGUUUUACAAGUUCUAUCCUGUGCAAACACCUGAUACACCGGACAUAUCAAAUGUGAAGGCAUCCUUCAUAAACAGGUAUUAUGGGAAGGCUCAUGAGGUUCUAUGAGUGGAUACAUCGAGGACAAGCGUGACAGUUUGAAGCCUGCUUUGGCCGCAAGGAAUCAAAUUUGAAGAUUUUGUUCACCAUGAAGAUGGGAGUCAUGCCUGUGGGGCCUCGUUAUAAUCUUCGCUUUAUCAGUCUAGGUGUCUCACGGCAUGUAAACCUUUUAGUUUCAGAAUUUUUUUGACAGUCAGCACAAGGUGUACACUAGCAGGCAUUUGUAAGAUAACACUGUUGAGGGCCAUCACAUUUUCCAGUUAUAGAGUUGCAGGUGGUGAAAUUCACCUGAUGCUUGGAUCACUCGUUGUUUCCCCAUACAUUCCUCCCAAAUAUUUGUUCUGAUAUAAUUAGUUUUAUUACCAGAAGUUAGUCGCAAAACAAUAUGAUUUAUAGCAUUUCAACUCCCUGUAAUAAAUGACCGCAAUGCAUUGGCCUGCGUUCUAAAUUUGACCGGUGGUCUGAGGACUCGAGCAAAA